AUGGAAUCUAUCCCUCGAGCAUCGCGAAGCGCAUUCGUGAUUCCCCCAGGACCUCUAUACCUCCUCAAGUUAUUGCCCUUCUUCCUCGGUCCACCGACAGUGGCAAUAUCUAUUCUUCGCGCCGAUGCAGUUUUUGCAAAUCGCGCCAUACCGACGUGGUUGUAUAUCGCUGCUGCUUUGCUGGCGCGCCCUCUCUUCUCCGUUUUUCAACGCUAUUACACAAGAUACAGUGUCGCAAAAGCUGCCGCCGCAAGCGGCGCGUUUGUAAUUCCUCAUGUUCAGGAGGAACGGCCUGCGUUUGCGGGUUUGUCCCUGAUGAAACAGCUUGUACAAGACCUCAAGAAUGGCUAUCCUGGGGAUUUGAUCUUGAAGUGGAAAGAGAUGUAUGGAAACGUCUAUCAGUUAAGACUUGUAUCCGAUAAUCGAAUCGUGACUUUUGAACCCGAUCACUUCAAAGCCAUUCUUGCUACUCAAUUUGAGUCUUUCGGCAAAGGCCCCAUCUUGCACAGCCAACUGAAGUCUCUUCUUGGUAUCGGUGUAUUCAAUUCCGAUGGUCUCUGUAUUGAUGAUCAACGCAUAAGAUUCCACCGAACCAUGACUCGCCCCUUCUUCACUCGCGACCGAAUCAGCGACUUCGAUAUCUUCGAGGAUCACGCGGAUCGAGCGCUCAAACUUGCCAAGGAUCGCCUAGCCGAAGGUCAGGCCGUCGAUAUCCAGGAUUUAACAUCGCGCUUCACGCUUGACUCCGCUACUCAAUAUCUUUUCGGGCAUGACGUCCAAUCCCUCUCUGCCGGUCUGCCGUACUCUCCUGAAUCCAAAGUUCAGAACUCGACCGAAUUUCUGAAUCAUCCCUCUAACGUGUUCGCUGAUGCAUUCCUUGCCGCUCAAAUUCAAGUCGCCUACCGUGCUCGUAUGGGCCCCAACUGGCCUAUGGGUGAAUUCUGGGGUGACAAGAUUGCGCCACUGAGGCGAAUUCUUGAAGAUUUCAUUGAGCCGCCCUUGAGGAAGGCAUUGGAGGAAAAGAAGCAACGGGAACUUCUAGGCGACUCCAAGGUCGAUGAUUCCGAGGGAGAAACUCUUCUAAAAAAUCUUGUCCAGGAAACGCAAGAUUUCGACGUCCUCAAGGAUGAGAUGAUUAAUCUUCUCGUGGCAGGUCGCGAUACUACGUCGACAACGUUAACAUAUGCAUUUUAUAUGCUCGCAGAACACCCAGACAUCGCAGAGCGUCUCCGAAAUGAAAUACUUGAUAUUGUUGGUCCGACGAAUAGGCCUUCAUACGAUAACCUCCGGGAUCUAAAGUACUUGAGAGCAUUUUUGAACGGUCGGUCAUACUUUCAUAACGUAUAUGCUUAUCACCUCAUUAUGAACUUUCUCCAUAUAGAGGUGUUGAGGCUUUACCCACCAGUCCCAUUCAACAGCCGCAUGUCCACUGAAGCCGCUAUAUGGACAUCUCGAACUCCUGGAUCCAAGCCAUACUACGUGCCAAAAAAUACAAGAAUUCUGUAUAGCAUUUUCCAUAUGCACCGCAGAACAGACUUGUGGGGUCCCGAUGCGGAAGAAUUCGACCCCGACCGUUUCCUAGACGAACGCCUACACAAGUACAUCACACCUAACCCUUACAUCUUCCUUCCAUUCAACGCAGGUCCUCGUAUCUGUCUCGGCCAACAGUUCGCCCUCCAGGAAGCAUCUUUCUUCCUUGUCAAAAUGCUGCAGCAAUUUACCAACUUCAGGCUCGCUCCCGAUGCUCAGCCUGAGGACAGCAAACCUCCGGCGAGCUGGGCUGAAGGAAGUGGAAGACGGGCGACAGAAAAGAUUAGACCUGCUAUGCACCUCACAUUGUUUGUGAAGGGAGGUCUUUGGGGACGCAUGGACGAAGUUAAAGCAUAA